GAAAUGAUCAACAAUAUAUAUCUAAAUGAAGAUCAGCAUAACAGAGGAACCCGCAGCAACAGCACACACACCCACACACACACACACACACACAGUGCACAGUGGUUCAUUCAUUGAAGCGCCGUCGUUUGUCGUUUGCUCAAUUGAAUGUCGCGCGCCGUGAUUGCCCGUCCAGUUUGACCAUUGCGAAAGCCAUGCUUCUGCCCCAGCUCCAGUCGCAGUACGGAUCUAUCAGCUCUCGGUCUCGGACUCUCGGUUCUCUCGGCUCUUGUUUGCUUCCAGUUUCACAAAAAAAAAAAACGAAAAAAAAAUUGCGUUUAAUUAAAGUAUAAAGGCCACAGAGGCGGUCUCAAUUUGCUUUUCGCGCUAUGAGUCGCCACAGCCAGCAACUGAAGAUGGCACUGCCGAUGGUGCAUGGGGCCGGGGUCGGGGCCGGGUCCGGGGCUACGUUGGCUCGCGAUGCGUCGCCGAGUGUUAAGUUGGGAUUGGGGGUAAACCAGAGAACUGGACGGGUCCAAUGGUGUCCUGGGUUGACCUGCUGUAAAAUGCUUAUAUUACUUCCAGUGGUAAUGUUGCCUUUGACAUUGGUGCUAAUUCUUCUAAUGCGUUUGGAUGGGAUGCUGGCAGCACUGCAAAUAAGUGAGCAACGGAUGCGGGAGCACAGGGCCAUGCCAGGCUAUGCUGAGGACUACGAAUCUCUGCUGCCGGAGGGAGAAACCUACAAUGAACUAAUCCACGAUGAGUUUUUGCUUCCUCAAGCCAAGCGUAGUCAGUUGGAGGAGCAGGCGGCAAAUCGGGCCAGACGUUGUCUAAAUAUACGCUACGGCAAUGGGGAGACUUUGGACCUAGAGGAACGCAGUACCCUGAUGAAGGAUUCGCGUACAUCCUUUCUACCGUUGGGCGCACCGCGCGAAUGUCUGGGCAAUGGUUUGGAUUACGACAGGCAAGUCAAGUCACGAGAUGACGAAGACAUGGAAGAAGAUGAGGACAUUCGCCAAGAGUUGUACUCCAAACACAGAAAGGUGAUUCCCAAGCAUUAUCAAGAGUUGUCCAACUACUGGUCAAGUCGUGGCCGGGAGCGACGUGAGGCUGAAAGGCAGGAAGAGGACUCCGAGGAUUUGGCUGCUCAAAUUAGCGAAACGACAGCCGCAUUACAGUCAUUUUGGAAUGAGCAGGGCACUCCGGAGGACAUACGUCUGGCCCAGGCAAAGACAAUGCAACGUUAUAUGGACUUGAAAGUUGAUCCCUGUGUUGAUUUUUAUAAAUUUGCCUGCGGCAACUGGGAGAGACUUCAUCCCAUUCCCAAGGAUAAGGCUGGAUUCGAUACCUUUGAAAUGUUACGCGAAAGUCUCGAUGUUGUUCUCCGAAAUCUUCUCGAAAAGAAUACUCCAUUGCAGAAUGUGCCCGAGGGACACAAGAGUCCAGUGCGCAAUAAUCUCUUCCGUCUGAACGAACAGAACCCCGAGACGGAAGCAGAUCAGGCAGAGCGACUACGUCAACAUAUUGUCAGCAGAAGGCAUCUACUCAAUCGGGUUCUGGUACGUUACAAACGUUUAACCAAUGGCACAAAACGGAAGCGCAUCAUUGAGCCGACACGUGAGAAGUCCAAAGAGGAGGAGGCAGUUGUUUCCAAGCCGGAAACUGGCGGUGCUCAUCAGCAAAAUGAAUAUCUAAAACCCAUACAUGAUGCCCAAGUUAAGGCUAAGAAUCUAUACAAAUCCUGUGUCAAUAGCCACUUAUUGGCCAGUCGAGGUCUGGAACCUCUGCAUACAUUGAUCCGUCAAUUGGGUGGUUGGCCAGUGCUGGAUCGCGAAUGGAAUUCCGAAAAUUUCAAUUGGCAACAUCUGGCGGCCACACUGCGUCGCUAUAACAAUGAUAUACUGAUUGUCCAGUGGGUGGGAGCCGAUAUUAAAAACUCCGAGGAGAAUAUCAUACAAUUCGAUCAGACAGGACUCGGUUUGCCCACUCGGGAGUAUUUUCUACAGCAAAGUAAUGCCAAAUAUCUAUUGGCCUAUCAACGUUACAUGUCCGAGGUGAUGCAGAAAAUGGGAGCAUCGAAAACCGAUGCCCAGCAAGUUGCCACCGAAGUGAUUAGUUUUGAGAAGCGUUUGGCAGCCAUAACUGCACCAGCAGAGCAGCGACUGAAUGUGACAAAGCUCUACAAGCGCAUGACCCUUCAAGAGUUGCAGAUGACAGUUCCCCAAAUUGGAUGGGUCAAUUACUUGAAAACCCUGCAGAAUCGAGAGGUACACGACACCGAGCAAGUGGUCAUCUAUGCUGUGGACUAUAUGAAGAAAUUGGUUGGCCUACUAGCCGAAUCGGAACCCCGACACAUAGCCAACUAUAUGAUGUGGCGUUUUGUGCGGCAUCGCAUCAAUAAUGUUGACGAUCGCUUCGAUGACAUUAAGCAGAGUUUUUAUCACUCGCUCUUUGGUCGGGAGGAGAGUCCUCAACGCUGGAAGGUUUGCAUUGCCCAGGUGAACACAAAUAUGGGCAUGGCAGUUGGCUCCAUGUUUGUUAGACGCUAUUUCGAUGAUAAUAGCAAACGGGAUACCCUACGCAUGACCCAUGAGCUACAGCAGGCAUUCCGUGAUAUAUUAAAGACAACCGAUUGGCUGGAUCAAACCACCAAACAGUUGGCUGAGGCCAAAGUAAAUGCCAUGUCAUUGAAAAUUGGCUAUCCGGAUUUUAUUCUCAAUGCUGCCGAAUUGAAUGAGAAAUAUGCCGGCAUUGAUAUCCAUCCGGAUAAAUAUUUUGAGAAUACCUUGAAUGUCCUGUUGCAUACGGCCAGGACAGAGCAGGCGAAACUACAUGAGCGAGUGAAUAAGACAAAUUGGCAGACAGCUCCGGCUAUUGUGAAUGCGUACUAUAGCAGGAACAAGAAUCAGAUUAUGUUUCCAGCUGGAAUUCUGCAGCCACCGUUCUAUCAUAGACAUUUUCCCAAAUCCUUGAACUUUGGCGGUAUAGGUGUGGUCAUUGGACAUGAGCUAACCCAUGGGUUCGAUGAUAAGGGUCGUCUCUUCGACAGCAAUGGCAACAUUCAUAAAUGGUGGACAGAUGCCUCGAUACGCGGUUUCGAUGAACGUGCCCGCUGCAUUAUUGCUCAAUACAGCAACUACACAGUCGAGGAGGUGGGCAUUAUUCUCAAUGGCGAGAGUACGCAGGGCGAAAACAUUGCCGACAAUGGAGGAUUACGACAGGCAUUUCACGCUUACAAGCGUUGGCAAAACGAACACCCGGAAGAGGCACAGGAUGAGAUGCUGCCGGGCAUGAAUAUGACGGGGCCACAAUUGUUUUUCCUGAACUUUGGCCAAGUUUGGUGUGGAGCCAUGCGGCCGGAAGCUAUACGUAAUAAACUCAACACGGCCAUACAUAGUCCAGGACGUUUUCGUGUCAUUGGAACAUUGUCCAACUCGUAUGAUUUUGCCAGAGAGUUCCACUGUGCAGCCGGCACACCCAUGAAUCCGCAUCGAAAAUGCAGUGUUUGGUAGUCAACUGAGAAUGGCAAUGAAAAUGGAAUGGUCCGAUGUUUACUCCAUUCGAAACUGUAUUGAAAUGAACUUCCUUGAAUUGUGCCAAAAAAAAAAUUAAUUUCAAUUAAUUUAAUAUUAUUUUCCAUUUAUUGUAAAUAAGUCUAUGUAUUUUUGGUAGAUUUAAACUAUUUAUAUUUGUGAUAAUUUUCCCAAUUAAAUGUUAAUGUACAAUAUCAUCAAAGAA